UAGUAUAUAUAUAGGGCCCUGUUGAUGGUGGCCAAUAUUACUUAUUAGUGAUACCAUGCAACCUUCAUGGCUACUUUUGUUCUCUGUACUUGGUUUUCUUUCCCUUUCAAAACUAUGUUUCACUUUCUUGAAAUGGGCUUUCAUUACUUUCCUCAGACCACCCAAAAACCUCAAGAACUAUGGUUCAUGGGCCCUCAUCACCGGAGCCACCGACGGAAUCGGUAAAGCUUUCGCCUUUCAAUUAGCCCAAAAGGGUCUCCACCUAAUCUUGGUCAGCAGAAACCAAGCCAAGCUUAAUCAAGUUUCCAAUGAGAUCUUAUCGGUGUAUCCGUCCAUCAAGAUCAAGAUUUUCGCUAUCGAUUUUUCUAGUGACAAUGUGGUGGUUGGAGUUAGGGGGAUGAAAAGGGUGAUUCUUGAUGAAAAUCUUGAUGUAGGUGUUUUGGUUAAUAAUGUAGGGGUGACUUAUCCUGUUGCUAGGUAUUUUCAUGAGGUUGAACAAGAUGUUUGGAUGAAGGUGAUGAAGGUGAAUGUUGAAGGUACAAGCUUGGUAACAAAAUCUGUGAUUGAAGGAAUGAUUGGAAGAAAGAGAGGUGCCAUUGUUAAUAUUGGUUCUGGUGCCGGUAUCGUUCUACCUUCACAUCCUCUAUAUGCAAUCUAUGCCGCUAGCAAAGCGUAUGUUAAUCAACUUUCAAGAUCUUUAUACGUGGAAUACAAGUCUUUUGGUAUAGAUAUUCAAUGUCAGGUACCAUUAUAUGUUUCUACAAAUAUGGCAUCACAAGUUGCAAUGGUCCAAAAAUCAUCUUUGUUUAUACCAACAGCCGACGAGUAUGUAAAAGCAGCAAUUCGACAAAUAGGAUAUGAACCUCGUUGCAUGCCAUAUUGGGCUCACUCGAUUCAAUGGUUCUUCGCUUCAUUGGCUCCUGAUUCUCUCGUAGAUGCAUGGCGUCUUUCAAUUGGCAUUCAACGUAGGGGAUAGACAUAGAUCAAUCAUACUUAUGGUGUGAACUUUAUGCUGAAAUCGUUAUUUGUAAUAAAUGCAUAUAGUUCAAAACUGGAUAAGAUUUUUUCUUAUAAUUUGAAAUUAUGAUGAUUUCAUUUUCAACUUAAA